AUGGUGGCUCUCAUCUUCGGACAGGAAUUGGUCCCCCUUCAAGAGUUAAGUGAGGGAUGGAGCGUUAGUUACGGGAUGUGGAUCCGGGCAGCUGUACUGGUGGGAAUCGUGACUCACGCGCUAUUGGUCCAAGGCAUGUACCUUAUCAGCGAUUUCCGAGUCACCAUGAGUCAAAGACUACAGCUGUACGCGAUCAUGCCAGCGAUAGUCGUGGCUUUAUCGAUGAUUGUAGCCGGAAAUUUUGUUUUCCCCAUUCCGUUCUACAUUUUAUUCAUAACGCCUCCAUUUUAUCUUCUCCUGACCAUCAUGCUUCGAGUAGUUAUUGGGUCGAGCGACUACCAUCGAAUGCUGAAAAACCGCGUGCAAGUGCUUCGAUGUGUCCGAUUCGUUUGUGCUCAGACUUCGACAGUAUUCAUUUUCCCAGUCUACGAAAUGCUAUUCAACGCGGCAGAAGGAACUCAGUACCAACUUCCCGUUAUUUUACUACUUCCCGUGAUUAAAGUGGCUCUGAAGAAUCUCGUGCUCCAUUUCGCUAAAGCUCUGGAUGAUAUGGCGCCCGUGGAAGUUAUCUUUACUGCAGACUUUUUCAAUGCAAUUUAUGUGGCUACUAGCAUCAAGAGUUCGACGUCCAUCGCUGCCAUCUCGGCUAUCACAAUUACAGAUCUUUCCCAGACGUUCAUAAUGCUUUAUGGGCUACAGCGACGCACAGCCACUAUCCUCUCAAGACUCCGACAAGCCAGCGGCGGUACUACCAGUACUGACAAUGUACUAUCGAUCAUGUGUAUACUCUGUUGUAACCCCGAAGUUAUGCAUACUAGUAUUCGAAGACGAUCUCGCCUACCUCAUCAAGUAUCCGCUACCGAUAAAAGCUUGCUCGACAGUCAGGAUCAAACUCGCGGAGUAGAAUCUCCUAACAACUCACCAGUAAUUCAGCCAGAUACUAACAAUUCAAGCACCCCAGACUCGUCAUUAAACUGUCUACGUCGAAUUUACCAACGAUUGCAAGUGAAUGGAAUUCACCCGAUCGAGAACAAUGCCGAGGUGAUGCCUUCCAUACGCACAGCGUCACAGAGCUCUCCGAUUCUUCUAGAAUCGCUCCAAAUUCUGUUUACUACGGAAUGCCUCGUCACCACUGCCUACUUGGAAGCGUUUAUGCCAUUAUUUUACAGCAGCUACAUGGUCUUAAUGGUGCAUCUUCCAAAUGUUUGCUAUCACUUGGAAAUGGCUAAAGUUACACGCGAGAACGUCGUGGCGACUGUACUACCCCUCGUUGUGUUCGGUUUGCUGCAGAUUGUAUCGUUCGCUCUUUUGGUAGUGGUGAUUAAGCGCAAUUGUAAAAUGAAGCCGCUUUUCCAGCUCGCGUUUGUAUUGGAGACACAGAGGUCCCUUGUACAAUGCAAAAUGAUGUUGUGGAUGGUGAUUACAUUAUGCUUUCGAGUAACGCACUUUGGAGUUGACUUCAAGUUUGAAUUUGUUCGUCUUGGAAUGCCGAGAUUCUGGAUCCCAAAAGGGUAA